CUUCACAUUGUCACACGAUGUUUGACUCAAGUUUCCUCCUGGACAAGACUAGCGCUGACUGCCGUACUAUAGGUAUAGACUGACUUAAAGACUACGUUAUCUCUAACACUCUGAUGAUGCAGAUUUGUUGCAUUCAAACUUCAAUGCCUUUUUUUCUUCAAGAGACGUCAUAAAUCUGUGGACCAUCCAGGUGAAGCCUUCGUUCUUCGAUUGUUCUGAACGGGUGCUCCAUUCCUAUUCCUAUCUUUAUUACAAGGCGACACCACAGCUCACAGAUGCCGGUAUAAUCAGCCUGGUAUAAGCACUAUAAUAUGUUUAUGAUAUCAUCAGUAGUAACAAAAUGUCGUACACUGGAAAGCAAGCGGCAAAUCCCGGGCCUGCACCUGCCAGCGGACUGUAUCCCUACUCAUCUCAAGUCACACCUUCCGGGCGUCUCGACUUUCUCUACAUGGGCAGUGGUGUCAACCGUCAUUGUCUCCUGUCUUGUUUCCAUCUUUAUGGCACGCGAGCUCAUGAAAGAUCGACAUUCAUUUAAGCUACAGACACUCUUCAGAUUUCACAAUGCAUUGCUCAGCGCUGGUAGUUUUAUUCUUCUGUUGUUGAUAGCGGAAGAGGUCGUUUCAGUAUGGAUAGAAGUUGGAACAUACGAUUCGGUGUACGCACCAUCGUCCUGGAAUGAUAGACUAGAGCUCUACUACAUGGUGAAUUACUAUUUCAAGUACUAUGAGUUCCCCGACACGUUAUUUUUGGUCUUGAAGAAGAAAUCUCACCCAUCUCGGACCGCUGUCUCCAUCAACCUUCUUGUCCACGUUGUGAUGUACUGCUAUUACUAUGCGACUGCAGGAGGCGCCAAAUUCUGGUGGAAGAAAUACCUCACAGCCAUGCAAAUCAUCCAAUUCAUCAUCGACCUCUUUGUAUUUUAUUUCGGCCUGUACCAGCACUACGUCCACAAGUAUUUCCCCGCACUUCCGCACCUUGGCGAUUUAGAUGGCGAUAAUCCCGAAAUAUUGGAGAAAAAAACCAGUUACGGCCCCAUUGUCACAAGUCGGUGCUCUUUUCUGAUGCUAAGGGUGAAGCCCCAAACUUUCCUAACGUCAACGAAAAAUAAAUCCUGA